GCAGUUAGAUUUGGGUAUGUCAUUUUAGGCGAAAAUUGACAAAAAGGGGCGGAUCCUUAUUCAAUUUGGUCGAAAAUUCUCUGUGCUAUGCCAAACAGUAAGCUACUUGUAACAACGAAUGGAGCAUCACAUUAGCCCGUUACAGUUUGUUAGUUAGCCUACAGAUGCUUUACAGUUAAAAGUUAAAUACACCUUUGUCGCACUAAACCAAUAGUGAUGGGAAUUUCCGUUAUAUUAUUUGAUGUAGAAAUACCGGCAUGAUAAACUGUCAGAUGAGCUAUCUGAUAGUUGGAUCAAAUGCUACAUAGUAGCAGGCCAACUGUACGUGUGCGUGACAACAUUAUUUCGCAGCAACAAUACACCCGCCAUUAUGACGCAAUUAUUGAGUGAUAAUGUUAUCGCUAGUAGCCUUCAUUACUGCUCUCAGCGCAUUGGACAAUUAUUGUCCAUCAAUAAUUCAUUGGACGAGCGCGUUCAUUACAUUUAGUCAGUAAAUAAAUAUUUGAACGACUUUACUCUUGUGAUUUGGAAUCUACUCUUGUGUUCAUAAGCAGCAAGAUGCCUUAUCCACAUAGAGUGGUGAAUAUUCCCACGGGAUUCAAGGACUUGCUUGAGGGAGUGAGCAAGGCUGUGGUGAAGUAUCAACCGGAGAGUAUUCCCGCCUUCGCAGCGGUCUUCUUCAAUGCGCUUCUUAUCUUCAGAGACGAGAAGCCAGGCAUGCCUAUCCAUGAGCUUAUGAAAGAAUUCAGGGCUACAAAAGGCUCUCAUUUCUACAGGAAGCAGAAUAAAGCUGUAAAACCACAAGUACAGCCGCAGGUCACUGUCCAAGGUCCUGAAAGGUCCCCCCAUCCCAAGCCAAUCCCGGAUUGGGAGGCAGGCCCGUUGCUAAUGGAAGCUAGAUGUGAGGAUGUCAGGGAGCCUUUCUCCUUCAUCUCUAGUGACCAGCCCUGCAGCAGCUCAGACAUCCAGGCUAUGGAUGCAGUGGCAGGAGCUUCUACUGAUGGUGGCCAGAACGAGUGUGGCCUGCAAGUCUCUGCCACCACCAUCACACUGUCCCCAGGGCCCAUCCCAGCAGACAUUGCCCAGGGCCUGGCCCUGUACCGGCGCAAGAUUGACCUAGAGUCGUCCCCCCGGGACUCUCCUCCACUCGGGGCUUCCGCCAACAACUCCUGUGCGCGUGUCCGUUCGGCCCUCUUCGAGCGGGUCUCCUUCAGCGAGAUCAGCAAGGAGUUGGAUGCGGUGCUGAUCCGGACUGGCGUGCUCCCAUCAGAGUCCCUGAUCAUCGUGCAGACAGAGCAUGUACCCGAGAUGAUUGUGUUCCAGGCUCAUCCCCUAUUGGCUGAGAACGCAGCAGUGGCUCCGCCUCCGUGUGACGUCCCUGUCAGGUCUAAGUGCAGCUGUGCCUCGAUGUUGGGCGCCCUCGAAGACGUGGUGGCACCAUUGGAGGUGGCCGGUACAUCUCAGCCUAGCUAUCCCAUCUUAGCAUCCGUCUGUGAGAUAGCAGCUCCCGUGGUGGAGAGACCAACUGCCAUGGUCGCUGAGCCUGAGGAGUCUCCAGCCCUUGGAGACAAGGUUGUACCCCUUGAGGUCCACUCUGCACCAGUCGAACCCCAGGAGAUGACACCCUCAAGGCCCUCCAUCCCAGUUGGAACACUGGAGCUCCCUGUUUCAGCCCCUGCUUUGUCUGACUCCCCUGCUUUGUCUGACUCCCCUGCUUUGUCUGACUCCCCUGCUGUGUCUGACUCCCCUGCUAUGGCUGUCCAAGAGGUGCAGAUUAGUGUGACUGAUCGACAUCUCUCAGUCAUCCUACACUCCCUCUCUGGUGCAACUUCACCAUCCGAGACAGCAGAGGAUGUGAUGCUGGUUCCUAUGGUAGUGUCCCCUCCUGAAUCAGUCAAAAAGGCGGCGAGAGAGUCCUCUGAUCUUCUGUGUCCUCUUCCUGUAGCAACAUUGGAGACUGAGUCUGUUAGUGUGAUUUGUCCCCCUCCUUCUCCAGUGACUGUGGAGAUCCAACCUUCCAUUCUGGCUUCUCCCCUUACUGCUGCAACCGUGGAAACAGAAUCCUCCAAUCGGAUUUGUCCUUCUGUGGUCAGCGUGGAGACUGAAUUGGCCAAUAUGCGAUCUUCUUCUGCUGCAGAGACAGUGGAGGCCGACUCUUCUGUUGUGACCUGUCCCCAUACUGCAGUGACCGAUGACUUUGUGGCCUCUGUUUCUGUGUGCCUCCCUGUUGUGGCACUAGAAGAGACCGGUGUCCCCAGUGUGCAGCUCCCAGCUCCCGCGCUUGCCUUGACAGAGGAAACUCAGUGCCAGUCUGCUUCACCAUGCCUACCCACCCUCACGGCCACAGGAGAGUCCAGAACCCCCUUCUUGGUCUACCUCCCACUGCCUGCUCCAGAGCUGGCUAAGACCCCUGGUCUGUUGUGCCAACUGGGCCUGGGACCAGAGGAAGCCAAGAGCUUCCCUUUCCUGUGUCUCCCUAUUUCUGACAUCCCCAGGACCCCAAGUCUUGUGACUGCCAGCCUGGCUCCAGCUCAAACUGCGGCUGUUGCUCCUGCUGCUGCUCCGGAUUUACCAAGGACCAACCUCCCUGGAGUGACAGAUAUCCCCAGGACCCUGAGUUAUGUGGCGGCUGGAGCUCAGGAGCUACCACAGCUCCAGAGCUAUGCGGCUAACACCGCUGAAGUCCAGGAGCCACCGAGGACCCCCAGCUAUCUGGCUAACACCCCUGGAGUUCAGGAAAUACCACACAACCCCAGCUAUCUGAAAAACUCAGCUGUCUUCCAAGAUAUGUGUUUUAUGUGCCCCUCCGUUACCGCCUCCAAUCUGUCCAGGAACAAUAGCUUUGUGCACUCUCCGGCUGCCAUGGCUCCACAGCAGCUGAUUAGGGGCCCGUGUAUGAUGUCUCUGUACCCCCAAGGAGGGCCUGUGAUGGGCCACUGUACCCACUCCCCAGGACAGUGUUCUGCAUCUCUGCAGCAGCAGGCUGGCAUGGCUCCGCUCAACCACGGACAGCAGACCAACACCAACUUCAUGCCCAUUUGUUCUCAAGGGCCAAGCCUGUGUAGCUGCCUCAGCAGGACCGGUAGCCACUGGCGCCUCUGCCACCUGACGCGACCCGAGUCCCAGGGCAGGGUGGGCGGCAUGAUCUGCCCCUACCAGAACUCCCAGACCAUGAUGCACUGCAACAGCCUGGAUCACAUGGCCAACAUCCCCAUGUACCAGGACUGUGGCCACUACUCUAGCAGCUGCCACCUGCUGCCACCGUGCUCCCAGUCGUCCCACAGCAGCCUGCACACCCACCACGUGGCCGAGCCCCGUUGCUCUGCUCACAACCUGGGCACCUCCUUCGUCCAGCCCCAGACCUGCUCCUCCGACCCCCUCUUCCACUUCCCCCAGCAGUACCACCUGUUGGCCACCCCCUCCCAGGAGAGGCAGCAGGCCCUGUGCCCUCUCCAGUGCCCACUGCUGCAGCAGCGCCACAGCUCCCUGCUCUUUUGUGGGCACCAGGGGGAGCUGAGCAGGCGGGGCUCCUCCAGCUGUGUCCCUGCCACCAACCAGAGACAGAACCAGGGAGGAAUGGAGCAGAAGAACAACAUGCCCAGCUGCGUAUCGCUUCAUAACAAAAGAUUAGACACAAGCUCAAACAACAAUCAAGGCUGCGUCAUGAACUGCAAUCCCCAGGGCAACUAAUCCUGUCUUCACAUGAGAAGGACCUUAUUUUGGCAGUUGCCAAUGUCUCUUUUGCAUUCUUUUAAACUGAUAAUGAGGAAUAAAUAUACUUACAUUGCAUGAA